AUGACCGAACGCACACCGCAGGAAGAGCGGGAACUACAGACGUUUCUAGCCACCGAGCUUGCUAAGUUCGAACACGUUCGAGGACCCACCGACCAGGCCGUGCACCAUAUCCGUGUAAAGACCGAACACCCCAUUAAACAAAGGUAUCGGUCACGGAACCCCGCAAUGCAACGGAUCAUCGACGAGGAAGUCCACGCAAUGGAGGCCGCCGGGGUAAUCGAGCCUUCCAAUAGCGCGUGGAGCUCCCCGGUGGUCAUCGUCAGAAAGAAGGACGGCCGGCACCGCUUCUGCAUAGACUUCAGGAAGGUCAACGAGGUGACCGAGCGGGACGCCUACCCCUUGCCGCAUAUCACACCCACGCUGGACAAGUUGCGAGGAGCCAAGUACCUCUCGACCCUCGAUCUAGAGAAGGGGUACUGGCAAAUCCCCCUAACGCCGGAGAGCCGUCCCAUCACGGCCUUCACCGUACCGGGUCGCGGCCUGAUGCAAUUCACGGUGAUGCCGUUCGGCUUGCACUCGGCCCCGGCAACCUUCCAAAGACUUCUCGACCGGAUUUUGGGGCCCGAACUCGAGCCGCACGUAUUUGUGUACUUGGACGAUGUUAUCAUCGCCAGUCCGACCUUUGCCGACCACCUAAAACACCUAGAGGAGGUGUUCCGCCGCCUGCGCGAGGCACGCCUAAAGUUAAACCCAGAGAAAUGCUACUUCUGCCGCACCGAACUAAAAUACCUCGGGCACAUCGUGGACCGACGAGGUAUCCGCACCGAUCCAGACAAGGUCCGGGCCGUCACCGAGUGGCCAACUCCCACUAACAUCCGCCAGAUCCGCCAGUUUGUGGGGCUGGCCUCGUGGUAUCGACGGUUUACACCGAACUUCGCCGCCAUCGCGGCACCCCUUACCCAGCUCACGCGGAAGAACGCUCGAUGGCGUUGGGGUCCGGAGGAGGAGCACGCCUUCCAAAGCUUGAAAGAGGCGCUAACCACCGCACCCACUCCCGCGUGUCCGGAUUUCUCGCGACGAUUCCUGCUGCAGACGGAUGCCAGCCAGCACGGGUUAGGCGCCGUCCUGUCACAAUACUUCGAAGACGGCGAACGCGUCAUUGCUUACGCAAGCCGCUCAUUGAACGGAGCCGAGAAAAAUUAUAGCGCGACCGAGCUCGAGUGCCUGGCCGUAGUGUGGGGAAUCCGACACCUGCGGGGCUACUUGGAGGGCUACGAAUUCACGGUCAUCACCGACCACCAGGCCCUCCAGUGGCUACGUCGCAUGGAUUCUCCCACCGGACGACUCGGGCGUUGGGCACUCGAGCUCCAACAAUACUCGUUUGACGUACGUUCCGCCACGUGCGUGGGCGCCCAGAAAACUUCCCUGACUAUGAGAUUCGGGGGGGGCCGACUCUACCGUCGUAUCCUUCACUCAACCGAUUUCAAAGACGAGCCGGCCGAGGCUCAGUGGAAACGGUGUAUCCCGCGACCGGAGCGACCGACCAUCCUGACCCAGGUGCACGAUGCCCCCACCGCCGGGCACUUGGGAAUCGCAAAAACUAUUGCCCGAGCCGCGCGGCGUUACUAUUGGCCGGGGAUGUUCGCCGACAUCGCCCGGUACGUCCGAAACUGUCGGAGCUGUCUGCGGCACAAACACGCGCAGACACGGCCAGCCGGACUCUUGCACACGUCCCAUGUCGACGCGCCGUGGACGCAAGUCACGAUGGACUUGGUGGGACCCCUUCCGCGGUCCACUAGUGGCCAUACGUGGCUACUAGUGAUGCAAGACCGCUUUACGAAGUGGGUCGAGCUAAGCCCACUGCGGCGAGCGACCGCGGCGACCAUUGCGCAACACGUCGCCGACCGCAUCAUCUACCGGCACGGAUGUCCCCGGCAGGUCAUCUCGGACAACGGUAGGCCGUUCAUAGGGCGACCAAUGAAAGCCCUGUUGCAGGAACUAGGGGUAGAACAUCGUACCACACCGGCCUACGCCCCUCACUGCAACCCCGUUGAACGAACGAACCGGACGAUCAAGACAAUGGUAGCACAGUUCGUGGGGAACAACCACCGCCUAUGGGACCAGCAACUAGGCGCCCUGCAGUUCGCCUACAAUACGGCUCCGCACGACGCUACCGGAUACUCGCCCGCCUAUUUAAACCACGGGCGCGAAUUGGAAGAACCGACCGGACUCCGCGAUCAACGGCCCGUACCGGCAGCAACACCAACCGCCAAUCAACAGCGAUUGGGGGAGGCGAACCAACCUGGCACGUGCCUUCAACCGGCAAGAACGGCACUACAAUCUACGGCAAAUGGCACCGUCGGGUCCACGUGCAAGACCUCAAGCCGGGCACACGAGAAGCCGUUGCCGAACAGACCGAUGCAGAGGAUGCCGAAGACGAACAAAACGAUCACACCGGAGCAGACGACGACCGAGCAGACGACGACCGAGCAGACGGCGACCGUGUGGACGACGACCGGGCAGAUGACGCCGCAAGAGUAUCGCGACACUACUGUAGGCUGGAAUUUAGGCUCUCUGACAAACGAUAAUUCAUCAUCUGAUACAGUAGACUGA